AACAAGCCGCGCGAGAACGUGACUAGGACGUGCUAUCUCUCCGAGUCAUCCGCAGUCAAGGUUGCACAGUGUGUAUCCGGUGACGUGCAAGAUAAGGGCAGCGUCGAGGCGUUCAUUUCAUAUCCAUAUGUUCGUGUUCAGCACAGUCUUCAGGACAUUGACGUGCACCUCGUUAUGAAGGUGUGUUAG